AAUAAAAAAAUGAAGUAAUCGAGUACUGCUGCUCAAUACAAGAAACUCAAGUAUACUCAUGCCUAAUUGCAGACAACAAGAAAUCUAGCAGACGAUUUUCCACCCGAUCUCUUGUUAUUUCGUGCAAUCCACUGAUAUACCUCAAUAUUUUUGUGUGAAAGAGAGGUGUAUCUACUGAGCUAAACUGUCACCAUACUAGCCUUUACAGACAAACAUGUUGCAAGUUUCAAAAUAUGUUGUAUGACCUUGCAUCCAGAAAAAAAAACAACAAUUAUCAUGGGAAAAUAUGGUGGUCGGAUGCUUUUUCGAACAGUAGCAGUGCUGACAGUUAUGCUACCAUUUGUUGGUUUUGUUGUAUGUGUAGCAUGGUCUUUAAUCUUUGACUUUAAAAGUGCAACUGCAACCCAUUGUGGAGUGCACAAUUACCUUCCAUCAGUAUCAGCUGCCAUUGGGGACUAUUACCCUCAAAGAUUUAUUUGGAGAAUUGCCAUAGCAUUACACACAAUUCCUAGGAUACAGAUAGCUCAUGUUUACUAUAUGUAUUUCAUUUCUAUUCUCCCCAAAUGGCAUGAAAGUACUGUGUUACUUAACUGCCUAUUAAAUCUAGUGGAAGUUUUGUCUCUUUUUGGUCUCACCUUCAUCUCCUCUACUGACAAUUACACCAUCCACAAACUUUUUUUUAUCACAUUCCUCCUUACGUCGACAAUUUACAUGGCACUAUCAAUAUACCUUCUUAGACAUCGGAUAACACCGCCUAGCGCAUUGGAAGUUAAAUCUGGUCGAUAUAAACUGCGUUUAUUUGUAACCACUCUCCUUGCUGUUGUCGGAGCCGUCUGUUUCUUUGCUCGUCACAAUAACUACUGUGAACCAAUGAUGUACACAUGGUUUGCCGUGUGCGAGUAUCUGGUCAUUCUCUGCAACAUGGCAUUCCACAUGACGGCUUAUUGGGAUUUUCCAAAUCGAGAAUGGAGCCUACGGCAAUCAUCGUUCAUUCGCCAACAGUUCCGAAUCUGACAUCCUGCAACAGUGCAAUUUUUUCCCGCCUUCCGAGUACCCCCUCCUUCCACCCCUCCUUUAGCACAACUUGCAAAGCGAUUGACAUACUGUGAAACACUUGAUUGAGUAAAGCCAAUACAUCUGGCCUCUCGUCGACGCACCUGGAGGCCAUUUUAAUAGUC